AUGGCGCGGGAGAAGAGAGGGGCAGAAGACACCGGUGGAUCUGGGGGCAAAAAUGACCCUAAAGCCGCACAAAGGAAAAAGAAAAACAAAGAUAUGGUAAAUGCUUUUCAACCCGAGCUGGCGUUGGCUCCAGUUGUUUUUAUUUUGUCUGUCACCGCUAUUAAAGAUUUAUGGGAGGACUACAGGAGACACCGCUCUGAUAAGGAAAUUAACCAUAUGGACUGUCUGGUGUACAGCAGGACGGAGCAGCGAUACGUGGAGAGGUAUUGGAAGGAGGUGCGUGUGGGAGACUUCAUCAGACUGAGGUGUAACGAGAUCCUGCCUGCGGACGUCCUGCUGCUCAGCUCCUCGGACCCGGACCGACUGUGCCACAUCGAGACCGCCACGUUAGACGGAGAGACCAACCUGAAGCAGAGGCAGGUGGUCCGCAGCUUCUAUGACCUGGAUUGUGACUUUGACCCUCUGAAGUACAACAGUGUGAUUGAAUGUGAGAAGCCCAACAACGACCUGAGCCGGUUUCGAGGCUACAUAAUCCACCGGAAUGGGAGACGAGAUGCACUUUACAAAGAAAACCUGCUGCUAAGAGGCUGCACCAUCCGUAACACUGAAGAGGCCGUGGGGAUCGUCAUCUACGCAGGCCACGAGACCAAAGCCAUGCUCAACAACAACGGGCCGCGGUACAAACGCAGCAAACUGGAACGACAGAUGAACGUGGACGUGUUCUGGUGCGUCAUCAUCCUCCUCGUCAUGUGCCUGUUCGUUGCUGUGGGACAUGGGCUGUGGAUGUUCCAGUACGGCGAUAAGAGACCAGUGUUUGACGUUUUGAGUCCAGAGGGAACCAACUUAUCACCCGUAAUGUCCGCCCUAUAUCUCUUCCUCACCAUGAUCAUCGUCUUUCAGGUGCUGAUUCCCAUCUCGCUCUUUGUGUCCAUUGAGAUUGUGAAGAUUUGCCAAGUUUACUUCAUCCACAACGACCAGGAGUUGUACGACGAGGAGACCGACUCCCAUCUGCAGUGCCGGGCCUUGAACAUCACAGAGGACCUGGGUCAAAUGCAGUACGUGUUCUCUGAUAAGACCGGGACUCUCACCGAGAACAAGAUGGUGUUUCGCCGCUGCACUGUGGCCGGGGUGGAGUAUUCGCACGACGCAAAUGCGCGGAGACUGGCCAUGUACCAGGAGGUGGACUCUGAGGAGGAGGAGUGCUUGUCUCAUGGCGGGACCCUGCCGAGGCGCGACAGUGUGACCAGCCACCACAGUGCACGCGUCGUCCUGCGCUCGCAGAGCACCAAGUCUCACCGUAGGACGGGCAGUCGCGCCGAGGCCAAGCGUGCAAGCAUCCUGUCCAAGCACACCGCCUUCAGCAGCCCCAUGGAGAAAAACAUCACCCCGGACCCUCAGCUCCUGGACAAAGUGAACGAUUGCAGCAGUCAGAUGGACUUCAUGCGCUUCCACAGCCAGUCCUUGUCCACGCUGCCCUCUGACCUCUGCGACAUCAUCGACUUCUUCAUCGCUCUUACUGUCUGCAACACUGUGGUGGUGUCGUCCCCCAACCAGCCGCGGCAGAAGGUGCGGGUGCGUUUCGAGCUCAAGUCUCCUGUGAAAACCAUCGAGGACUUCAUCAAACGCUUCACUCCGAGCCGCCUCACCUCCAGCUCCAACAACAGCAGCUCCUCCAGCCUCAACCGAUCCAACAACCGCGCAAACAACAGCCUGGUCUCCUCCCCCUCCGCCGACAGCACCCUUACCAAGCUGGACGAGGAGAAGACCCCCCCGGACCUCCAGCAGCAUGACUUCAGUCCCGUCCCCCCCAGCUACGACCCCAAGGCCUGGAGGCAGGGGGAGGGCGAGCUCAGGUACGAGGCUGAGAGUCCGGACGAGGCCGCGCUGGUCUACGCGGCCAGGGCCUACAAGUGCUCUCUGGUGGGGCGGCUGCCGGACCAGGUGACGGUGGAGCUGCCCCAUCUGGGUAAACUUAGCUUCGAGCUGCUGCACACGCUGGGGUUUGAUUCGACGCGAAAACGAAUGUCUGUGGUGGUUCGACAUCCACUGACGGACCAGAUCACGGUCUACACCAAAGGAGCCGACUCAGUCAUCAUGGAGCUCAUCAGACCGCCUGAUCCAGGAAACUCCAAAGGCAAACGUCAGAAGAAGAUUCUCUACCGGACGCAAAACUACUUGAACCAGUACGCUGCUGACGGACUGCGGACACUCUGUAUCGCUAAAAAGGUGUUGUCAAAGGAGGAGUAUGCAUGUUGGCUGCAGCGCCACCUUCAGGCAGAGACGUCCAUCCAGGGCCGAGAAGAGCUGCUGUUUGAGUCUGCACUGAGGCUGGAGACCAACCUGCACCUGUUGGGAGCGACGGGGAUCGAGGACCGGCUUCAGGACGGCGUUCCGGAGACCAUCGAGUCCUUGAGGAGGGCGGGAUUACAAGUAUGGGUGCUCACCGGUGACAAACAGGAGACUGCCAUCAAUAUUGCAUACGCCUGUAAACUGCUGGACCCAGAGGAGGAACUGCUCACUCUGAACGCCGACUCCCAGGAGGCCUGUGCUCUGCUGCUGGAGGAGAGCUUACACUACAUCCAGGCCAAAUUCCUCUGCACCACCUCAGACCAAACCGCCAAGAACUACCUGUCCCAUGUGGCGGGCGCCGACGUGUGCACCGCGCUGCCGGUCCACAGGCUGGGGCUGGUAAUCGACGGGCGUACGCUGGCCUAUGCUCUGGACCGCAGCCUGGAGGACAAGUUCCUGGCGGUGGCUCGGAGCUGCAGGUCGGUGCUGUGCUGCCGGUCCACUCCGCUGCAGAAGAGUAUGGUGGUCAAACUGGUGCGCAACAAGCUCAAGGUCAUGACUCUGGCCAUUGGUGACGGAGCAAACGAUGUGAGCAUGAUCCAAGUCGCAGAUGUUGGAGUGGGCAUUUCAGGACAAGAAGGCAUGCAGGCGGUGAUGGCGAGUGACUUUGCGCUGCCUCGCUUCAGUUACCUCCAGAAGCUGCUGCUGGUUCACGGACACUGGUGCUACUCCCGGCUUGCCAACAUGAUCCUCUACUUCUUCUACAAGAACGCUAUGUUUGUGGCCCUGAUCUUCUGGUACCAGUUCUACUGCGGCUUCUCUGGAUCGGCCAUGAUCGACCAGUGGUACCUGAUCUUCUUCAACCUCAUGUUCUCCGCGUUCCCACAACUUAUCCUCGGCACUUUGGACAAAGACGUGUCGGCGGAGACGCUGCAGAAGCUGCCACAGCUGUACAAGAAUGGACAGAACUCUGAGGAGUACAAGCCGUACAUGUUCUGGAUGAAUAUGAUGGACGCCUUCUACCAAAGCCUUAUCUGCUUCUUCAUCCCCUACUUUGCGUACGCAGACUCAGACGUGGACCUGUUUACAUGGGGGACGCCGAUCAUCACCAUCACUCUUUUCACCAUUCUACUACACUUGAGCAUUGAGACCAAGACCUGGACCUGGAUGAACUGGAUGUCCAUCGGCUUCAGCGUGGUCGUGUUCUUCACUGUGGCUCUGUGUUACAACGCCUCGUGUCCCACAUGUUACUCUCCCUCCAACCCCUACUGGACCAUCCAGAGGCUUCUGCAGGACCCUCUCUUCUACUUCCUGUGCGUCAUCACCCCCUGCUCGGCUCUGCUGCCCCGAUAUUUCUACAGGGCAUGUCAGGGCACUCUGUUUCCGAGCGCGGUGCAAGUCGGAAGACAACUGGACAAACUCCCCAUCGAGACUCGCAAGAACAUCCUCAGCCUCAGCGGGGUCUCAGUGGGGUCACAGGGAGUACACUUCCUGUCCGCUAACAAGCCCUUCCCGAAAGACGAAGAGGGAAAACACCCUCUCUCUCAUCUCUACCAAAGAGAAACCGCUGGGAAUAACAAGGAUACACCCAAAGACAUGUAUUCUUUUUUGAGUUCUGAAGGAGAUACUUUACCUUACACCAAAGAUCGCCCUGGAGAACAGCUGCAAACAAACAUCUCGACCAAAAGUGCAGGGGUCCAAGAUAGGAGCCUUGAGGUGCCCCACAAGGUAUUGUCGUCCACUUCGCUCACCCAGGCCGACAGUGUGGAGCUGGAACACGGCCCCCCCUGCGUCCGAUACAUCAGGAGCUCAGAGGACGGGCUCUCUAACCGGACAGAGCACAAGAGCCACGUAGCCUUGUGA